AUGCUGUCCUUGGGCGUCUUGGCGGGCAGAAGCUUGGGCAGAGCUGGUGGCCCAAGGGUUUUAUUUAGAAUGACUUUAGGAACAGAGAUUACUGCGGGUCUCAAGGCCUCAUCCUGUACUGCAGCAGACCGAAAUGUGUUGAAAUGGGACCUGCAGCCAGACCAGAUUAGAACAAAGACUGAAGAGCUUAUCAGGAAAACAAAGCAAGUAUAUGACAGAGUUGGGAUGCUUGAUAUGGAAAAGGUCACUUACGAAAACACUGUAGAAGCUUUAGCAGAUAUAGAAGUGGAGUAUUCAGUGGAAAGAAGCAUGUUGGAUUUCCCACAGCAUGUGUCACCUGACAGAGAUGUGCGUGCCGCAAGCACAAACGCUGAUAAAAAGCUUUCUCAUUUUGAUGUUGAGAUGAGCAUGAGAGAAGAUGUGUUCCAAAGGGUUGUCCAUUUACAGCAAACAUGUGACAUUGCAUCUUUAAAGCCUGAAGCCAAAAGAUACUUAGAGAAGUCAGUAAAAAUGGGUGAAAGAAAUGGGCUGCAUCUUCCUCUUGAAGUACAGAAUGAAAUCAAGAAAGUAAAGCAGAAACUGAGUGAGCUGUGCAUAGACUUCAACAAAAAUCUUAAUGAAGAAAACACGUUUCUAGUAUUUUCUCAAGAGGAACUUUGUGCUCUUCCUGAUGAUUUUAUCGGUAGUUUAGAGAAGAUUGAUUCAGACAGAUAUAAAGUUACCUUAAAAUAUCCUCACUAUUUUCCUGUUCUGAAGAAGUGCUGCGUUCCAGACACCAGGCGAAAAAUGGAAAGGUCUUUUAACACAAGGUGCAAAGAGGACAAUGCUAAAAUUCUUCAGGAGUUGCUUCCUUUGAGGGCAAAAUUAGCAGAACUUCUAGGAUACAGUACACAUGCCAACUUUGUACUGGAGCUAAACACUGCGAAGAUCACAGAUAAUGUAACCGCUUUUUUAGAUGAUCUGAGCAACAAGCUGAAGCUUCUGGGUGAAGAGGAGAGAGAAUUUAUUCUAAACCUGAAGAAAAAGGAGUGUGAAGAAAGAGGCUUUGAAUAUGAUGGACAAAUUAAUGCAUGGGAUCUGCAUUAUUAUAUGAACCAGACGGAAGAGCUCAAAUAUUCAGUAGAUCAAGAGAAACUGAAGGAAUACUUCCCUAUCGAAGCCGUCACAGAAGGAUUACUGAACAUUUACCAGCAGCUGCUUGGUCUUGUCUUUGAACAAGUCGAUAAUCCCCAUGUUUGGCAUGAGAGCAUUACUCUUUACACAGUGAAGGACAGUUCAACAGGAGAAGUUUUAGGACAGUUCUACUUGGACCUAUACCCAAGAGAAGGAAAGUACGGACAUGCUGCCUGCUUUGGUCUCCAGCCUGGCUGCCUGCUCUCUGACGGCAGCAGAAUGAUGUCGGUAGCGGCUCUGGUAACCAACUUCACAAGAGCAACAGUGGACCGCCCCUCACUCCUACGACAUGGUGAGGUGAAAACUUAUUUCCAUGAGUUUGGACAUGUAAUGCAUCAGAUAUGUGCACAGACUGACUUUGCUAGGUUUAGUGGAACUAAUGUGGAAACGGAUUUUGUAGAGGUACCUUCCCAAAUGUUUGAGAACUGGGUAUGGGAGAAAGAACCUCUGAAACAAAUGUCAAGACAUUAUAAAGAUGGAAGCCAUGUUCCAGAUGAUCUCCUUGAAAAACUGGUUGCUUCUAGGCUAGCCAACACAGGACUUCUGACUCUUCGCCAGAUUGUCUUGAGCAAAGUUGAUCAGUCAGUUCAUACUAAAUCUUCGGCUAAUCCUGCUGAGGAAUAUGCCAAGUACUGUGAUGACAUUUUGGGAAUACCUGCAACACCUGGUACAAAUAUGCCAGCCACCUUUGGGCAUUUGGCAGGUGGAUAUGAUGCCCAGUACUAUGGGUACCUCUGGAGUGAAGUCUUCUCCAUGGACAUUUAUUACAAUUGCUUUAAACAAGAAGGAAUAAUGAAUCCAAAGGCUGGAAUGAAAUACAGAAAUCUUAUCCUGAAACCCGGAGGCUCAUUAGAUGGAAUGGAUAUGCUCCAAAAAAUUUUAGGUCGUAAGCCAAACCAAAAAGCUUUUUUACUGAGUAAAGGAUUAUAUACUUAAUAAAACUACGGGUUCUUUGUAAUUGGAUGUCAUCUGGGGAAUCAGUCUUGAAAUGCCUGCUGAUGUUCUUGACCUGAAAGGUAAAACUAUGAGCGUUUUUCACUAGAAAGAUCUAAUUGCUUUUAUAAUGUUUUUAUUCCUGGUUUUAAACGUUCAUAAUUCUCAGUACUUCCCCCCCC